AAUUUUUCAUUAGUGUGGUCUUAGAUUAGAAGGAGUUUGAUUAAUUGAAGGUGGAGGGAUGAUGGUGGUUUGGAUUCCAUCAGGGCUCUGCCCCAACACAUUGACCUAUCUGCCUUCAAUGUCUUCCCUUCAUAAGCUAUUAGGAUGCUGUACGUGGGGCGGGGAUGAUGCUGGUACUGCGGGUACGGCAUGUAGUGGUGAGGUGCCGGCGGGACGAAGUGCUGAGGUGGCAUCAUCUGGUGCAGCAUUACCAUCGCCGCCGCCGGCGGCGGAUACUGCAUCGCCAUCCACUGCGGCUGUGGCUGUGGCGGCUGCUGCUGCAGUUGACUCUGCUCCUGCGGCUUUUGUGGCUGCGAUUCAGAACCAUCGGUUUGCAUCCUUAUCUCCUCCGCUUACUAUUUUUGUGUCUAUUCAUGGAGGCCACAAGUUUGUGUCUCUCCACCAAAAACCUAUCUGGUUCCAGUCCACUCCUUUAAUUUUUCAUUAGUGUGGUCUGAGAUUAGAAGGAGUUUGAUUAAUUGAAGGUGGAGGAAUGAUGGUGGUUUGGAUUCCAUCAGGGCUCUGCCCCAACACAUUGACCUAUCUGCCUUCAAUGUCUUCCCUUCAUAAGCUAUUAGGUGUGGGCCGGAACUUUUGAUGGUGAAAUGGUUUUAAGAGUCAUGCCACUUAAAUCAUUGUACCUCUUUCACUAAAGCUUAUCUCUUUCUGUCAUAUUCAUUCUUUAAUAUCUCCCAUUUUCUCCUUAUUUGUUUCCUCAUCAUAACUCUUUACAAUUUUUUCACCAUCAACUAUGAAAAACUCGUUGAAGUAAGUAUUAGGUAUGAUCUUCCUUUUAGAUUCUUUAAUGUUAAUGGAAACAUGGCAACAUGUUAUGGGAUUAAGGUCAAAAGAUAGCAGAGGCUCCAGUGGUCCUAGUAUCUAUGGAAGCUGGAAACUCCAUCCAUGGAUUUCUGGAGUCUCUCUUUAUGAUGGAGUCAGCCCAACAUAGAAAAAUGGACGCACAUAGGAUUUGAGCAGUCCUGAAAAAAGGGCAAAAGCAGCUACAUGCAAAAGGGGAUCUGUUUUAUACGUAAGUGGCAAAAUGGCAAUGGCAUGAAUGAAAAGCCACUUUGGUUUGGGGCUCCAACCUUGUAAAGCUAAUUACUUUAAUUCAACACACAAUCUCAGAUUUGGACCCUCCACAAGAUCAUCUG